CUUCAGCUGGUUAUCCAACAGAGAGAUCAUCUCAUUAACACUGAUUAUGAGUUCACACUGAUGAGUCUGCACAUGUAAACUGUUCCUUUAACAUGUCAACAUGAAAACUUUAUUGUUCUCACAGACAUGAACACACCAGUGGCAGCACCUGGAGGCAACAAGGCCGCACCCCCCAAGUUCAAACAGAAAGAGACGAGACAGUUCAAGAGCAAAGCUCCCAAAGCUGGACAGAAGGGAUUUGACGAUGUUCCAGGGAUGGAGAGUCUUGGAGGUGCGGAGGUGGUCUGUCCCUGGGAGGCGUUUGGAGACAUGGAGCUGAGCGACCUGGCUCAGUUCGGCCUCGUUUAGCCCCGGAGCCCAAAGGAAACAGUUUAUUCCUGGUGGCUGUGAUCCAGCAGCUUCUCCUUCCUCUCACACUGUCCCUCAAGCUGAGGAGACAUGAUGAUGGAACCAUCCGAGGACGACUGAUGAGAGGAGAAGACGUCUGUCUCUCUCGCCCUGCGGUGAGUGGAGGAACAAGCUCAUGGACGGCAGCACCUAGAAUGACUCUUCUCCUGUCUUCUGCCCCCCCGAGCUGCAGGUGGUAGCAUCAGUCUGAGCUCUACGUUAUCUUUACAUGUCAGUGAUGUCAGGAGGUCUGUGUUGU